AUGCUGGAGCAGUUACUCAUAUUUACAAGAGGAGGUCUAAUCCUCUGGACUUGCAAAGAGCUUGGAAAUGCUCUUAGAGGCUCGCCCAUUGAUACUUUGAUUAGGUCCUGCCUUUUGGAGGAAAGAUCAGGUGCUGCAUCAUACAAUUAUGAUGCUCCGGGUGCUUCGUACACUCUUAAGUGGACGUUUCACAAUGAACUUGGGCUUGUAUUUGUUGCUGUAUAUCAGCGGAUUCUCCAUCUCUUGUAUGUGGAUGAUUUGCUUUCCAUGGUUAAGCAAGAGUUCUCAGAGAUUUAUGAUCCAAAGCGAACCUCGUAUGAUGACUUCGAUAACAUAUUUCAACAGCUUAAGAAGGAAGCUGAGGCUCGUGCUGAGGAAAUGAAGAAAUCAAAGCAAGUUGGCAAGCCUGUGAAUAAUCAACUAGGUCGAAAGCAAGGGCAGGUGCAAAAUGGCAUUGCUGAUGGUGGCAACAAAAAAAAGAGUGGAGGUGAAUCUGGAAAUGAUGGUAGAGAUGGCGACAAGUUCAGAGGUCGCCCAUUAGAAAAUGGAAAUCUUAACAAUAAUCAUGUAGGAAAAGGGGAAGUGCCAGCUACCGGUAAUGCCAACGGUAAAGAGAAUGGGACUUCCAAUACUGGAGCUUUUGAUGUAAAUAAGCUACAGAAGCUUAGGUCUAAAGGUGGAAAGAAAACUGAAACUGUUGUUAACAAGGUUUCGAAAGCCGUUGCAGAACCAAAGAAGAAGAUAACUAAAAAGAACAGAGUUUGGGAUGAUUCACCUCCAGAGUCAAAGUUAGAUUUCACAGAUCCAGUGAGUGAGAAUGGGGAACAGAACAUAUCAGCAGUUGUUGCAGCAGAUCAGGGAGAGAGUAUGAUGGACAAGGAGGAGAUCAUUAGCAGUGAUAGUGAAUCUGAGGAGGAGGACACAGGGAAGGAUAAUAAGACUGAUACAAGGAAAAAGGGCUGGUUCUCAUCCAUGUUCCAAAGUAUUGCGGGUAAAUCAAACUUGGAGAAGUCUGACCUGGAACCAGCUCUUAAAGCUCUCAAAGAUAGGCUUAUGACCAAGAAUGUGGCGGAGGAAAUAGCUGAAAAACUUUGUGAAUCAGUUGCUGCAAGCCUUGAGGGCAAGAGGCUAGCCUCUUUUACAAGAAUUUCUUCAACUGUUCAGGCUGCUAUGGAAGAUGCCCUUGUUCGCAUUUUAACUCCUAGACGCUCCAUUGACAUUUUGAGGGAUGUGCAUUCUGCCAAGGAGCAUGGGAAACCAUAUGUUGUGGUUUUUGUUGGAGUUAAUGGAGUUGGUAAAUCUACCAAUCUUGCCAAGGUUGCUUACUGGCUUCUGCAGCACAAUAUCAAUGUAAUGAUGGCUGCUUGUGACACGUUCAGAUCAGGUGCAGUUGAGCAGCUGCGUACCCAUGCACGUAGACUCCAGAUCCCCAUAUUCGAGAAGGGUUACGAGAAAGAUCCUGCGAUUGUGGCGAAAGAAGCAAUUCAGGAGGCCAGUCGAAACGGUUCAGAUGUUGUUCUUGUUGAUACGGCAGGAAGAAUGCAGGAUAACGAACCAUUAAUGCGAGCUCUAUCAAAGCUUAUCUAUGUGAACAAUCCAGAUCUGGUUUUAUUUGUUGGUGAGGCACUUGUGGGAAAUGACGCUGUUGAUCAGUUGUCAAAGUUUAAUCAGAAAUUAGGUGACCUCUCACCAUCUCCCAAUCCCAGGUUGAUUGAUGGAAUCCUGCUGACUAAGUUUGAUACCAUUGAUGACAAGGUGGGAGCUGCAUUGUCCAUGGUUUACAUCUCUGGAGCACCUGUGAUGUUCGUUGGAUGUGGGCAGUCAUACACCGACCUGAAGAAGCUCAAUGUCAAGUCCAUCGUCAAGACUCUCCUUAAAUAAGAGUAGUCUGGUCUGGACCUUUCUUAGUUAAGUUUGUACAUGUCCUGUCGACUCGUAUCUUCAUCUGUUUCUCAACUUGGUUGUGUGCUUGCUUCCCGUCUGUGAUCUCACUGUCUUUGCUAAUAAAGGUGAAUUGCCCCAAGUAAACGCAGUUUUGGUACAUUUCUAUUUCCCCUGUCUGAUUCCUCUCUCUCUCUCUCUUUCUAACUUUAAAUUAGUAUUUCAUUUUGUAUUUUAAUCAGUUAUCUUA